AUGAUGCAACUAUUAGCUCGUUGUUGUGUUCCGUUUAAUACAAGAAACAGACGGAUUCAGGAUGAAAUCGUAGAGGGAGACAAUUUGAUUAAGAUCAUCCAACUGGCCCAAUACUCUCAAAAAACCGAGAAAUUUGUCAAGGAACGUUAUUGGGAUUUUAUGGCUAUUGAAGCAAAGUAUGGGUUGAAUGGACGGGAUUCAGUGAUUGUUAAAUUCAAAGAAAAACACUUUGAGUUUGUGUUGGUGGAGACGAUGGAGAGGAAGAGUAAUGGAAUGAUUAACCAACGCGACCGUUACAUCUGUGACUAUCUCGUCUACAACCCGUCCGGUGGCACUCGUCAACUCAUUCUCUACCUCAUGAAUCUCUUCUCCAUCCCCCAUCUGGAAUCCGUCAAAUUCCUGGAUUCUCAAAGAGAUAUUCGAUAUUUCUGCAACUUCAACGGAAUCUACAAGGCUUCUCGCGUCUUUAUCGGGAAGGAAAAUGUGACAAAAGCAGAAUUAGAUUGUAUUAAAGACACAUUUACCUAUGUCGAUUUGAUGUGUUUUCAUACGGAACCUCCGAAAACUUAUGAUCUAUGGCCGAUGAAUUAUCGAUUGGUUUCUUUGGCUAACAAGGUGAAGUUGUCGUGGCGUCACUUGAAAGAAAUGGGAUGCCAGAAUCUCGAUCUCCGUCGUGCAAACCUAUCCGGUAUGGAGCUCCAUAAUUAUAUUAGGUACUGGCUAGCCACCGACGAGCCGAGUAACCUGGAAUCUAUCUUCAUCCGGAAAUUCGCUCGAUAUCAACACCGUCAUGUGCUCAAAGGUCUCCCCGUCUUCCCGUGGAACCCCAACUCGAGAUCUAGAUUCUACAAGUUCUUCUUGGAUUUCUCUUGGGAUUGCUCAAAAGGAUUUGAUAUAAUCCGUCGGGAUGGACUACUUGCAACAAUCGGAUGUAUGGAGAAUCAUUGUGUAUUCCUUGUGUGGAAGGAGAGAUUUCAUGAGAUUCCGGAGAAUUAUGAAUGUUAUGAUGCGUGGACUGUGAAGUCGUUUUCGAUGUAUUGA